AUGCGUCCAUCGAUCUUUCUCUCCGCGGCAACCAUCUGCCUCUUAGUUUUUGUCAAAGACGCGGUGGCAACCCCGAACUCCGAGAAUCUUGUAGCGGCCGACGAUGAGAACAACGAGAGACAAAGCGAGCUACAACCUCAGUCGAAAGCAGAAGACUCUCUACCCACGAUCCCGCCCUCCAACCUCACCGGUAUCUUCAUUAAGAUCGUUCCGGGCAACAACGGAUCACUCCCAUCCCACAAGGACGGCAACUUCUUCGACGAAAGUAGUUCGGUAAGCUCGACCAGCUCUAUCAGCUCGGCGAGCCAAGUGAACUCGACGGGAUUUUUCGACGACGUGAACAAGCAUCAUCACGAACGUAAAUACAAUCGAUGGUUGAGAGAAGGCUUGACUGCGGAGAAGGCAAAGAAGAAGUAUGUAGAGCUUGGACCCAUGGUCGCUUUCACCCAUCCCAUCAAGGGUAUGGAGCUACACGCCUACCCACCGUGGCUUCAUGAGAAGUGCCAAUUUGUUGACAACGUGGAUAAGCCGGCCUGUGUUGACGAGAAGAAAACGCUUGAGGCGUAA